UACCUUUUUCCUCUUCAUCCUCUUUUUUCAGUACCUUCUCUUGCUUGCAAAAUUUAACUACCCCAAUGCCUCCUUUCUCAAGUUUUCUGAUAUUCUUCCUUCUCUCUACGACCCCAAGGAAGCUUUGAUUCUUCGAGUUUUAUUUAUAUAACUUGUGCCACCAUGAUAUUUAAGCUCUUGUUCUUUGUAAUAACUCCAUUGCUCCUGGCUUGGUUUGCAUCUCAUUCUUCUAAACAAAUAAGAAGAAUUCCAAAACCACACUACAGCAGCCGCAGCAGCUUCUUGACAAUAUGGCUUCUGGAGGAGCUGUUCAAUGUUUCACAAUCUUCCUCUUGUAUCUAUUCCUCUAUCCAGGUCAUCCAAGUGUUGCUGAAAUGCCGAUUUUGGAACCAAUCCAAAAAUAUGAAGUAGUAGGCGACGAAAACAGGAUGCUCAUCUCAUAUUCAGAGACCGCCAUCCAACUAGAUGCAGUUACAGGAGGGGUUCCCAUUAUCAAUCCAACAAAUCCGGGUUCUGGAACAACUCCUGUAGUAAAUCCAGUAGACUCUCCUCCAACACCAAUUGGAAUCAACCCAAUACCUACAACGCCCCCAGCUGGUAUGGUGCCCCCCGCUGGUAUGGUGCCCCCGGCCACUAUGAACCCCCCCCCAGCCACUAUGAACCCCCCAGCUACCACAAAUCCCCCAGCUACCACAAAUCCGACCUCAUCAGGAGGAGCAUGGUGUAUUGCCAGCCCAACUGCUUCAGAAACUGCCUUGCAGGUAGCUAUUGAUUAUGCUUGUGGCUAUGGUGGUACAGACUGUUCCGCACUUCAACCGGGUGGAAGUUGUUAUAAUCCGAACACCAUCCGUGAUCAUGCUUCUUAUGCCUUCAAUAGCUACUACCAGAAAAAUCCAGUUCCCACAAGCUGCGUUUUUGGCGGAACAGCACAGCUUACCACCACUGAUCCAAGCAGUGGAAACUGUCACUAUGCAUCAUCACCCACAACACCCAGCAUAAGUCCGCCGGUCAACCCAGCACCAACUCCCCCAACCCCAACAAUGAUGACUCCCACAACCACAAUAACCUCACCGGGUGGACCACCAACAGUUUAUGGCGUGCCGGAACCAGUCGGCCAGCCCAGCUCAGCCACCUCUGUUUCAUGCACUUUACUUUUCAUCUUCUCUACAACUGGCAUCGUGGGAUCACUUCUUGCAACAAAACAUCUCUAAGGGCAUGGAAAUUCAGUCUAUCGCUACCCUCAACGAGAUGACAACUUCCUUGAUUGCCACCAAACUUCAUGAACUUCAAACACAAGCAGUGAGAAUCAACAACCACAUUUUCUGGAGGAUUUGUACUCGCCAUAAAAUGUUACAAUCUAUUUUCCCUACUAUGCUUUUUGGUUGGUAAGAAACUAGAAGAAAAUGAAGAAGACCGUAGAAUGUCUCUGUCUUAGGUUCUUGUGCUCGUAGACAAGUUAACUAGUUAUAUUCUCUCAAAUUUUUAGCAUUCAAAAGCAUCGGACAAGCUUGUCUUGCUUUAGGAUUGCUUUUACAGCCUGUGCGCUCAAAGUAUACGAUUUAAUAUAUGAAUUAGCAGUUAGUACCAGACAGAA